AUGACUGCCGUUCAAAAUGAUAUGGCAUGGAGAAAUCAGAUGAUAACGGAGGUCCAGCCGCUGGAUCGAUCACCCACUUCUUCCUCUGAGUUGAAGUACUUGUGCCGAAAUCCGCUUUCGUGGAAUUACGGCACAAUUGUCCGAAGUCGAGCAGCUUCAUCAAAGGGCUCGCUGUCCUCAUGCAGUUCCACCGGCCUCUCGAGCCGGACAACUUCCAGCUCCUUUCGGUCUGUUGGCUACUCUUCCCUCUCGAAAUCGCGGUCAAGCGCUUUGUCUUCGGAGUUGGAAGGUGAGCGCAAGAUCAGGGAAGCCAUGGAGCGGGAAGUGGCCGAGCUCAGAGCAAAACUUGAGCGUGCGGAUCCCUCACGAAUGCCACCAGCCGGAAUUGCUUCAAAGAUCAAGCUGAACAGCACCAAGCCCUGCUGGUCUCAACUGACAGACCGGAGCGAGGAGGAUGCUGGCGACGCCGGCGCCCACAAAGCGCUCCUCCAGUUUGCCUCCUCUGCGAAGGUAGGGACGCUGUCAGAAGAAGCUCUUUCCGAGGAGCUGGAAGGCAUCAUUCGAAGCCUUGCUGAUAAUGGAGCUGCUGCAUGCUACCCGUGGGAUGCUUUGCGGAUACUGCUGGUGACAAAGCUGGAGAAGGUUCUGGCAGAUUUCUGGCACGAAGCACCAGAUCUGAAGCUGCGUGAAGGUGAGACCUUCGAUGCUGCAGUAGAGCCGCUGAAGCGCUCGCUGUUGGAGCCUAGACGAGAAGGUGCUCCUUGGACCACUCAGCGCCUUUGCGAGCUCUUGGCCGAGCCUCGAAGUGGCUACAAAUCCACAAGGAAGUACAUGUAUGCACUUCAGCGUGCCAUUCUGAUAACAACCACGGAGGAGGCACUGGCCCCUCGUUCGGCUUUCCAGCCUAGAGGUGCUCUCAUUGAGACCGGCGUGCAGGGAACAGUCGCGUCAGAGACGACUACUGCAGCGGCACUGUCGGCAGCAGCUACUCUUCCGGAGGCUGAAGGCGCGCCCGUGGAUGCUUCAGAGGUGCAAGAGGCGGAUGAAUCCACGGCAGAGGUGUCUACACCUGCUGGUCGCAAGCGGAAGCUGCCGGAGGAGCUGUCAAAUGGAGUCGUGGAGGAAUAG